UAUCAUGCAAUAUAGGAACGGAACUUCAUUCUCAAUUGUUAGUCCUUGUUAAAAAUUGCCUGUUAUAAUAUUGUUUUGGUGGUGCGUCAUCUGCAUGAGGAUUACGAAUUAUUAUCCAGCCUGCCUCUACUACUAGAUGAGUAGAAAAUUGAGUGAUUUAAACUAAGUUGCCAACAAGGGUUUGUCCUUGAUUCAUGUGCUUUGCAGCACUCUUCAAGUUCUUUUCACAUUUUCUGUAAAAACUCCAUUUAAUUAGAAAAAAAAUGAAGCAGUUAAAAAGAAAAAGGAAAAGCAAUUUUAGUGUUCAAGAAACUCAGACCCUUUUGAAAGAAAUUACCAAAAGGAAAGAAGUCAUCUUUUCCAAGCAGCUCAAUACAACAAUAAACGUGAUGAAGCGAAUGGCUUGGGAGGAGAUAGCACAGUGUGUGAAUGCUGUAGGAGAAGGAGAACAGAGGACAGGGACAGAAGUGAAAAGAAGGUACCUUGACUGGCGAGCACUUAUGAAGAGAAAGAGGAUGAAAGCGAACAUUAAGCUGGUUGGAUCGGGGUUUCCACUUCCCACAUCUGAUUUAGAUGACUCUCUUACUGAAGAGAUAGAUGAAAAGAUUGGAUUCCGAAAUGAUCCAAAUUUUGAUUGGCAAAAUGUGGCAGAUUUCAGGGAUGCAGGUGGAUCCUUAACCGAGGUCAAAGUGGAAGAAGAAGAAAGGGACCCCCAGAGUCCUGAAUUUGAGAUUGAGGAGGAGGAGGAAAUGCUGUCAUCUGUCAUACCAGAUUCCAGGAGGGAAAAUGAACUUCCUGACUUCCCCCACAUUGAUGAGUUUUUCACCCUUAACUCAACACCAUCCAGGUCUGCAUAUGAUGAGCCCCACUUGCUUGUAAACAUAGAGAAACAGAAACUAGAGUUGGAAAAGCGGCGACUAGAUAUUGAGGCGGAAAGGCUGCAGGUGGAAAAGGAGCGCCUACAGAUAGAGAAGGAGAGGUUGCGCCAUUUAGACAUGGAGCAUGAGCGGCUGCAGCUAGAGAAGGAGCGGCUGCAGAUUGAGAGAGAAAAAUUGAGGUUACAGAUAGUCAAUUCUGAGAAACCAUCUCUGGAAAAUGAACUUGGCCAAGGAGAAAAGUCCAUGCUUCAGCCACAGGACAUAGAAACAGAGAAGUUAAAACUUGAGCGAGAACGCUUGCAGCUGGAAAAAGAUAGGCUGCAGUUUUUGAAGUUUGAAUCUGAGAAGCUACAGAUUGAAAAGGAACGCCUACAAGUGGAGAAAGAGAGACUUAGAAUUCAGAAGGAAGGACACUUGCAGUGAUUUCUUUAGGUGGCCAUUUAGUGACUGUUAGUAGACUAGGUUUUUCUCAUACCAGGUGAUAUAAAGGUGAUUUCUGGAUUAGCUUUUUUUUUUUUUUUUAAUUACCUAAUGCCAGUGUUUUCAGUAGGAAAAAGAUAGAUACGUGUGGGUGAUUAUAUGCUUGAAUAGUAUAUUAUAUAAAAAUCUCUGUGCCCUAGUAUAAACACAAUAGCAGAAAUUAUUGUGCUAGACUCUUCACAUUAGUAAUAUUAUAUAGAGUCUUGUAUUAUCUGUGCACUCAGAGUUUACAAUUAUGUCUGUUAAAUUCUAACCCAGUGGUUCUAAACUAGGGCUGAUUUUGGCCCCCAGAAGACAUUUGACAAUGUCUGGAGACAUUUUUGUCAAAACCGGUAUGGGAUGGCAAGUUGCUACACCGGCUAAUAUGUAAAGCCCAGGGAUCCUGCUGAACAUCUAUAAUGCAUAAGGUGCACAGUUAAGAAUUUGCAAACCCAAAAUGUCAUUCAUGCCAGGUUUAAAAAACCAUAUCCUAGCCCAACUAAGCCCCUCUGUAAUGUUUUAGAAUAUUAAAAACCUCAAAUUAUGUAGGUAGAUACUUAAAUUGCCAAAAACUUUGAACUAUGAAACAUGACUGUAGUAUAUUGAAUAUAGGAAGUGAUGAAGAUUAUAGGUAUUUUAUCUCCAUGUUUUCAUCUAUAAUAGCCUGAUAUUCAGAAAACGACAGGGAACUCAGAGAUUGUCUAAAAUUGGCCACUUUGAAACAAAGUUCAUUCGUCUAUUGAUGCUUUAGAAGCAACAUACAACUUGAAAACUUUGGUUCCCUUUCCUCUUUGAAUCUGUUGUCUCAGUUUGAAUAUAAAAAUUGUCAUUUUAAUCAUGUACUGAAGUGUUAUGUAAGAGAAUGAUAGAAGCUAGUAAAAAUGUUACCAGUGUAAAAGUGGUACCAAACAAUCUGUGAGCUUGGACCCAGAACAUGGUUGCUUGACUUUUAAAUAAAGACUGUUUGGGAGUAGGAAGUGGGGAGAAUUUCAUGUGUAUCAAAUAAUGAUGAUGAUGUUAAAAUAAUGAAAUAAUGAUAAUAGCUGAGUGUUAUUGGUGGGGAAAGCACUAACACAAAAUUUGACCUAACCUGUACAACAUUCGUGAGAAUAGUGCUGUUAUUCCUGAAUCUGAAGCUCAUAGAAGACACAGUGAGCAAAUGACUGUUUUUUGUUUUUGUUUUUUUUACAUUGUAGAAUGUUUUGUCUUUGCCCCUCUGCGAGAAGCAAAGUUUGUACCCUCAGUCUCUUUGCUGCUCUGAGGCAAAGAGCUUGCUUAACCUGGUAAUUUGCCUUCAGUUUCCUGAAGGUACUUUUUCCACAGUCAAGAUGAGGCUGAUAUACACUGAAGUUGAAAAUGGCUGCACAAGUUCACUUUGUGUUUUCUGAUUUCCAGGGCUGAUAAGUAGCUUUAAUACAUACUCUUCUAUUGGCAUACUACCUUGAUUCUGUGUUUGUUUCUUAUUAAGAACAGCUUGAAAUCAUGUUGACAUUGAGUAUGGGUAUGCAAGAGAAAAAUAUACUUCUGCUUACUUACCCUGAUUUGAAAUAGUGUUAUUUUUCUAUAACUAUAAUAAAUGCUUCUACCAUAGA